CAACUCCCAUCGAAGAACUCAAAGGUGGGAUGAUAAGGCGUAUAAAAAAAUCUCAUCUUGGCAAUGAAUGGAAGAAACCAUUUGCCGGGUCUUCACAUGCCGAGGGCAUUAUUUUGGAAAAGAUAGGUAUUGAAGCUAAGCAACCUAACUCUGCCAUCCGUAAAUGUGCAUGUGUUCAAUUGAUCAAGAAUGGAAAGAAGACUGCUGCUUUUGUUCCUAAUGAUGGUUGUUUAAAUUACAUUGAAGAAAAUGAUGAGGUUAUUAUUGCUGGAUUUGGACGUAAAGGACAUGCUGUGGAAGAUAUUCUUGGAGUCAGGUUUAAGGUUGUCAAUGUAUCUGGUGUUUCCCUUCUUGCUCUCUUCAAAGAGAAAAAGAAGAAGCCAAGGUCUUAGUUUUGUUUCAGGACGAACAAUUUGUUUUUCUAUAGUUUGACUGUUGUUUUCAUUGUUUUUUAAGAGUAAUUUUUCAACUAUUUGAAAUAAUCUUUAAUCCUAAUCAUGUUAAAGUAGCCUGUUUGUAGACUCAAAUGUUAUUUUUACUUGAGCUAUAAAUUUGCCUUUUCUCAAU